UUGUCAAAGGAGACACUUCUGGUGCAGUCAACGGAACAAAAGGAAAAUAGCUAUUGUCCUGAUAUCAGAAAGUAAAUGCGAGCAAUGGAAAAAAAAAGGCCGGUUUACAGAUGAAUUUCCUUAUUUUCUUAUUUAACUCAACUCACCUGGUAUCUUCGGUCUCAAUUGUAGCACAGUUGUGGGCUUUUCGAAAUGUUCCAGUAGUUACACCAAAAGGCCACAGGAUGGCACCCUCAGCCCAAGAAAAGAGUAACUUUCAUUUCUGACGUAACUCAAUAACAGGAAAUGACGAAGAUGUCAGCUAGCUAGAUGGCUUGGUGCUAAAAACAUUGGGAAGAGCUCAUGCUGCUAUGAAGAAUUGUCGGAUGAUAUAAAUUAACGCAAUUACUUUGUUGUUAGCGCGUGAUAUUGUUAUUAUUAUUAUUUUCGGACGAACUAUUAAGUUUGUUUUGUCUCGUUGAUUUGCUAGCUAACUAACUAGGUAUUUGCAUUACUUGACCAGUUCAAAAUGGAUGACAGCAAGGUGGGUCUAGCAAGGCAGCAGCCAUCCCCAAUUCCUGCUGCAAAGCGAUUCCGGAUGGCUAAUUUUCUACUUCGCACAGUGGUUGGCGGGAAGGUGAAGAAGCCGGGGAAGCGGGGGCGGAAGCCCGCCAAGAUCGACCUGAAGGCCAAGCUGGAGCGCAGCCGGCAGAGCGCGCGGGAGUGCCGCGCCCGCAAGAAGCUGCGCUACCAGUACCUGGAGGAGCUGGUGUCCAGCAAGGAGAGGGCCAUCUGCGCCCUGCGCGAGGAGCUGGAGAUGUACAAGCAGUGGUGUUCUGCAAUGGACCAGGGAAAGAUCCCUUCAGAAAUCAAGGCUCUUCUCACCGGGGACGAUCACAAAACCAGCCAGAGCACCAGCAAGACCACGAAAAGCCCCAAGGGCCUGGCCAGCGCCAACGGCAACAACAAGUCCGUCUGAGAGAGUCAGCUCUCUCUCGCUCUCCAGUCAGCUCUGAAGUCUCUUCUAGACAGGGUGUGAGAACAUUCUAGAGCAGCGUUCUAGGGUUGUGUGUUCACAAAUUGUUGGUUGUGGUCUCGUUUAACCUUGCAGGGUCCGCCAAAGGCAGGGCUGGCGUUCUGUAGGGACUUUCAGACUGCUGACAAGCCAACUGAAACGGCCAUCAUGACAGAACUUGUGAAGUGUCAUGGAAAAAUGUAAACGCCCCCCACCCCGCCCGCCUGCCAAUUAUUGCACAUAUUUAUAUGAACAUAAUCUUAAAAAGCUUCCUUAUGAAAGUAAAAGGUAAUUAUUUGUGGCAGUAAGGCUACCAAAGUAGCGGUUGCACAUAUUUCUAUUUUAGGUAACAGAUGUUAUAUUUGUUUAAUAUAUAUAUAUAUAUAUAUAGUGUAUCAUGUUGACGAUUUGUUCUACAGUUACAUUCCAUUGAAUCGUCCGUUGAGUUGUUUAAUCAGACUUAUACACGGCCUAUUGUAAACGCUGCUUGCUUUUGAUUUCGUUUCUCAAAUCUGGUAUUAGUCAGUACAUUUACCCAGCCCAUCGUGAAUAAGCAGGAACUGAGCGUGCUCACUUUUGACUCCAUCUACUAGAGAAAUCUGUGCCAGAACUUCAGUGUCAUUUUCCAUUUCCAAUUUUAAAGCAGCAAGACCAUUGCAAUGUCUGCAGGCGAAGGAAGUGAUCAAACAGGAUGUCAACAGUAAAAUGUAAACUAUCACAGUGAUAGUCUCAUAUUAAAAGUGGAAUUAUUGCUAAACAUACAAAAAUAGGGGAAUGCAUUCAACCAUGCUGUUAUUGGCUGCAUUAUGUGUUUGGUUAUCCAAUUGCCUGUGAUGUUUUAUUUUGAGAUAAUGUUAUAGGACUGAUGUGUUAUUAUAUUGCAAAUAACCACCGAGAGAACAACUGCAUUAAACUGAGUGAAUAAGAAUGGAAAUUUGAUUGUUUCUGUAGCUGUAAAAUAAUUCCUGUUUCAUUCUUUUAAAAUGUUCAUACCAUUAAGGGCCAGUUGUAAUAAGAUCUGUAAUACAAAAUAAGAAAAACA